AUGGAAGAGAAGACGUCUCUGACGGACCUGGGACUUGAGCUGUGGAUUCUCGUGUACCAUCUGUACUGCAAAUACAACAACGAUCCGGAUGCGGCAUUCUACGAAUUGGCGCUUCGUACCCGAUGUGUUUGCAGUAGUGACGACCUUUCUGUUGCUCGAAGCCCAUCGUCGCUGAAGAGUACGCAGUGGUAUCGGGAAAUGACCACCCGCCAUGGUGCUUUGCGGCAGCGCAUAAAGGAAUCUCACUCGGAGGUCUUGCAGGAGGCUGAGGCAGUGACGCGUAGUUUGUACCCCGCAGGGUGUAGGUUGAAGGAGUACGCGGACGCACUUCAAACCUGUGCUGCAAUGCUCACCGUCUCCAUACCAGGUCGGGCAAUUGCGAGGUUUUCCGAAUACCGUGUACAGGAGCUUGCAUCGCAUGCUAUUGUCACAGUUACUGUUGACGAACUCCUCAGCGAUCUUAUAGAGCGCCCGCUGCUUGACGCCAUGACGCCGUCGCAGUGGUGGAAGUUGGAUCCCACGGGCGAUAAUCCCGUGUUGCUGAAGAGUGUCGGGCUCUGCGCUCAUCCGUCACAAAUACAUAUUUUAUGCAUGUGUUCAGGGAAAUUGCGCUGUUACCGCAUUUACUUAGACCCUAUUCUGCACAAAAGCGGACCGACCGCACAAAUCGCCAAGCGUCUUGCACGGACCCAUGGCACCUUGCUCAGCGAAGAGCAGUUUCGUGCCUACCUUGUGCGUCUUCAGAGCCUUAUGAGGCAGGUCGCAGAGGACGGCGACAGAGGGCGCACCUCAAGUAGCACGAUGAAUGACCUUUCGCAUGAAAGUGCGUACCCGCCGUUGCAAUAUCCACAACAAGAGUUAUCAUCUGCGCUCGCCGCAGCGGUGGACUCGGGGAAGGGAGCGAAAGCGACGCAUGAAACUUUGAGUGCAGUGAACAAGGCUGAUGUAGGUCUCCUUUACCGGGACCCAGAGGCAGCUCUGGACAACGUAGACCUCAACGACGCCGACGAUGUCACUCUGCAGGAGUUUAAAGCAAAGAUGGAGGAGAGGUUUUUAGAAAACGCGUUGCGACCCGGCGAUCUUGGCUACGAGUACGACAAACGCGUUGAGGUUAAGCCGACGGAGCGUAGCGAGUGGGACGACUCCGACUAG